AUGGAGUGUGAGGCAAUCAAGAUGACUCAUCAAGUGAGCGCAAUCGUACAUUCUAUGGCUCCAAAACUUGAGGACCCCGGAGCAUUCACUAUACCUUGUACCAUCGGAAGUGCCAAAUUUGCCAAAGCCCUUUGUGACUUGGGGCCGAGUAUAAACUUAAUGCCAUAUUUGGUCUUCAAGACCUUGGGAAUUGGACAACCUCACCCAACUACAAUGAGGCUCCAAAUGGCGGAUCGGUCAAUGAAGCGGCCUUUGGGUAUAAUUGAUGACGUCCUUGUCCGUGUUGAUGAAUUCAUCUUGUCGGCCGACUUUGUUAUAUUGGAUUGUGAAGUGGACUUUGAAGUCCCGAUUAUUCUUGUAAGACUUUUCCUAGCUACGGGUAAGGCUUUGGUUGAUAUUGAGGUGGGAGAGUUGAAUUUCUGUGUUGGGGAUGAGAAGGUAGUGUUCCAUGUGUGCAAGUCCAUGAGGCGACCAAAUAGCAGCGAGGUGUGCUUGUUUGUGGACAUUGUGACGACGGUGAUAGUGGAUGACACAAGUGCGAUGAUUAAUGUUGAAGAUCCAUUUGAGGCCGUUCUUCUAAAUAUGGAUGUCAAUGAUGAUGCUGGGAGAGUGGAGUGCGUAAAUGCAUUGCAUGGUUGA